AUGAAGGUCUUGACUGGUUGUCUAACAACAUCGCCGGCAAGGCGUAGAGAGAAAGUUUGUGUGGUUGAGUUGAUUUUGCUGGCCAAAUCUGGAUGCAGUGUCAUUUUACUAACACCAGAUGACGUGUAUAUGACUGUUGGAUGCAAACGAGCAAUUGACCUUGCGGUGGAUAUUUUGGCUAAACCAAAAGCCAACGUUUUGCUUCCGAGGCCGGGCUUCCCAUGGGAUAUAGUCCGCUCCAUCUACAAGAACCUUGAGGUCCGUUACUAUGAUUUCAUCCCUGAAAAGAACUUUGAGAUCGACUUCGAAAGUGUCAAAAAGGUGACAGACAAAAACACUUUUGCGAUAUUUAUAAUCAACCCUCACAAUCCCAAUGGAAACACCUACUCUGAGGCUCAUCUCAAACAGCUCGCUGAGUUGGCUAAGGAACUCUCGAUAAUGGUGGUCUCUGAUGAAGUUUUUAGAUGGACCGUCUUCGGGAAUAACCCUUUUGUUCCGAUGGGGAAGUUCUCUUCCAUUGUACCAGUGGUUACACUAGGAUCCUUAUCUAAGGGGUGGACGGUCCCAGGAUGGCGAACUGGCUGGGUUGCACUGCACGAUCUAGAUGGUGUCUUCAAAAACACUAAGAUAGUACAAGCUGCCAAUGACUUUAUGCAGAUAAAUGCUAAACCUCCGACAAUUAUUCAGGCAGCUAUGUCUGACAUUUUGGAGGGAACUCCAAAUUAUUUCUUCGUUGAGAGGGGAAAUUAUCUGAAACAUAAAGUAGAAAUUGGAUAUUCUAAGGUCAAGCACAUACCUGGCCUCACUUGUUACAUGAAACCCGAAGCGUGCACCUUUUUAUGGACCAAGCUGGACAUCUCGUGCUUUGCUGACAUUGAAGACGAUCAAGACUUCUGCAGGAAGCUUGCUGUGGAAGAAAAUCUCGUCGUUUUGCCAGGAAUUGCAUUUAGUCAGAAGAACUGGUUGAGGCACUCUAUCGACAUGGACACGCAAACACUUGAGGAAGCAUUUGAAAGAUUGAAGAGCUUCUGUGAACGCUAUUUUACUGAAAGUGGAGCUCCACGCAAAAACGUCAAUGGCGUCAACUAA